AGAAAAUAUAACAACUUUAUUUAUCAUAAAAAGUAUAUAUAUAUAUAUAUAUCCUACUGUGAUAUUAACAUAGUGUUAUUAUAUUGUUACUUUCAAUCAGGCAAGAACAAUUACCAUUCUUUUAGAAAUAAAUUAAAUGAUAUAAAUAAUAGGUACCUAAAGAAAUUAUAUACACAGCUAUAUAAAUAAAUACAAAUAAUACCAUUUCGUAAAUAAGGGAAAACCCUUUUUCAACGUAUACAGGAUGUCUACAACAAUAUAAAAAUUUCACAGUAGUUAUCUUGCAAACAUAAAUGCAUUUUUCGUACAGUGUAUCACAAGAAAAAAUAAAUUUCUUUACAUAUUGGGGGUAAAAACAUAAAUUUUCCAUACUAUAGGGAUAAUAACACUUUUCUUAAAAAUUUUUCUAGUUUGAUUUGGUUUGGAUUAGAAGUACAUUUGAAAUUUUGUAAUUUGGAAUUGAUCCAAUGUUCCCGAAGUUAGAAUCAUAUAGAAAAUGUAUAUAUAAUGUGACGCUACCUAUAAUAAAUUUCAAUAUCUAUAAUUUGUCUCAUAAAUUAUUUUGUGGUAAAAACAAAUUCAUGAAACAGCACCCAUCUAGGUAAAGAGUAAAAUAGGGGUGAAUUGUGACACUCAGUUUAUGUUUAACUGUCCUAUGACUUUCACCUUUUGAAAAUUUUGCUAUGUGGUUAAAAAACCAAGAGUAAUAGCUUUGCUAUAUUCUUUUUUCAGCAUUAAAAAUUAUUAAUCAUAGAAAAGAUAUUGAGGGGAAAAUUAGAAGGAACUUAGUUUAGAUUUAGACCCAAUAGGGGCACGUAAAACGCAAUAUUCAUACUGAGACAACAGUAGACAAAAGCAAUAGACCAAUAUAUGGUUCCGAAACAUGGUCAAUGACUGAAAGACACAGGAAAAAGAUACAAACAACAGUAAUAAGAUUCCUCCGGAAAAUUGAGAUCAAUACUUGAUUAGAUCACGUCAAAAACAAAUACUACAGUCAAAUAUUGAAUACAAAAUCUGUAGAAUAAUACAUAGAAGAAAAUCAACUAAGAUAAUUCGGACAUGUAAAAAGAACAAGUAAGGAACAGAUAACAAGAAGAAUACUAGAAGUCAGAUUAUAAGAACGAGAAACAGAAGAAGACUUGGAUGGACAAUUUGUCCAAAAAAAGUCUAAGUGCGCUAUUAUUCUUCCCCCCGAGAAGCCAGUGUUUGCGCGUUCGCUCACUAUUAUCCUUCCCUCCGCGAAGUCAGUGUAGGCACAACACGUGGUAUGAGUCCCCACUCCAGUUCCGGCGCAUUGCAGUCACGGCGCACCUGUCAUUGUUUGUUUUGAUUGUACAUAGUCAGUGUGCUAUUGACCUUGCUCGAGGACGUUACUCUUUCGCUACGGCUUACUUUUGUUUGUGCGUGUACAAUAUGUAUGUACUGUAUUGUUUUUUACCAUGGCUUCGAAAAGAAAACGUGUUGUGCUAUCGUUAGCGGACAAACUGAAAAUUAUAGAGCAACUCGAUAAAGGUGUAACGGGUAAGAAGUUGUCUGAGAUUUAUGGUGUUGGACAAGCAACAAUUUGUGACAUUAAAAACAGUAAGUCAACACUUUUAAACUUUGUUUCGGUGCUUGAAAAUGAAGAUGAAAGUUCCUCCAGGAAAACAAUGAAGACAGCAACCAACAAAAAUUUGGAAGAUGCCGUGUUUAAAUGGUUUUUGCAGCAACGUUCUAUGGGAAAUCCUAUUUCAGGUCCAAUCCUUUGUGAAAAAGCCAAAAUCUUAGCAGAAAAGCUUGGUUAUUCAUCUUUUAAGGCUAGUAACGGCUGGCUAAGGAACUUUAAAUUCAGGCAUGGUGUACGCGAGUUAGAUUUGGCUGGUGAGAAGCUUUCAGCAGACUCUGCAGCUGCUGAAAAUUUUAUUGAAAAAUUUAAAACUGCAGCAGAAUCCUAUGAUCCGGCGUUUGUUUAUAAUGCUGAUGAAACUGGCCUUGUUUGGAAAGCAUUACCAAAAACCACUUUGGCUUCUAAAAGGGAAUCUAGUGCCCCUGGACAUAAGGUCAGUAAAGAACGUGUUACAGUGCUUAACUGUGCCAACUCCACUGGAAAUCAUAAACUACCACUUCUUUUGAUAGGAAAAUCAAAAAAUCCAAGAGCAUUUAAAAACGUAAAAAAACUUCCACUCUUCUACAAAAGUCAACCCAAGGCCUGGAUGACUGCAGCUUUGUUUACCGAAUGGGAUGAUGAAGUGUUUAUUCCUGAAGUGAAAAAGCACCAAAAAUCGGUGGGAAAAGAAGGCAGUAAGGUGCUUUUAAUUGUUGAUAACGCACCCACUCAUCCUACAGCAGAACUGUUGGAAAAAGAGAAUGGGCAGUUUAAAACGACGUUUUUGCCCCCCAAUGUUACAAGUUUGCUGCAACCCAUGGACCAGUCUGUUAUUGAAACAAUGAAGCGCCAUUACAGAAGGCAACUGCUGAGAAAACUGCUGAUCGAAGGUGCUGAAGAUGAAGAAUUAGUUUUGGCAAAUCAUAGCAAAAUAAAUUUAAAGGACUGCUGUUACAUGGUAGCGGAAGCUUGGAGUUUGGUUACGGCAGUGACGCUAAGACGUGCGUGGAAUAAACUGAAAGGCCUACCGUCUGAGAAGAACAAAAAAAAGAAUCUGAAGAAAAUGAGAAACAAGAAAAUGGAGAGGAUGAAGAUGAUGAAGAUGCGUUGCCACUAGAGGAAAUAAGAAAAAUGAUUGUAAAAAUUCCUGGUUGUACAGAAGUAAGUGCUGAAGAUGUAGGAGAGUGGAUGGCUUGUGACACGUCUGACCCUGGUUUUCAAAUUCUCAAUGACGAUGAAAUUGUUGAAAGUGUGAGAGAAGAUGUUGAAGUGGAAGAAGAACUUUCUGCUGAUGUUGAAGUAGACGCUGGACCAUCAGCUAGUGAAGCAUUUGCCGGCCUCUAGACUGCUUUGAAGUGGAUGGA